UAUAAUUUGUUUCUCUCUCCAUACACACACAUACACACACAAUCUCAUCUCUCUCUCUUUCCCUGCCUCCUUCUGUCUCUCUGGUGUGAUGGUUUGCUGGUCUGUCUGAGAGCAUCCCCUGUCGCUAUACAAGAGUCGUUUGCCCCCGACCUACCAGCCUAAUCUCUCUCUUUCCCGGCCAAAUAGUCUCUACCCUAAUAUCGGCUCAAUCCCAUCCUCCCACCCGCCAUUUACCGGGUAGUACACACAUAGCUCACAUAAAUCAGUUGCUUUUUAUUACAUUUUAAAAGAUUGCCAACAGAAAGAGUGUCUUAAAAUCGAUGAAUAUGGAAUCAGCUCAAUUUCUCGAAGUGCACAACUCUUCUUCGAGAGAAGUUCAAGCUAUCCGUCAGGUUAUACGAUCAACAAGAACUACUCUUGAUGAGUUCCAGAGAUCUUUCCCUUAUGGUCAGAGGACAUCGCUUGUUGUUGAGGAAGAGUCAGAGCUCAAGAAAAGACUAGAAGAUCUAAUGAGAAGAGAGAAAGAACUAAGCGGGCAAGGCUGGGAUAGUAGCGAUUCUGCUGAACAGGAAUUAGUCUCCAGUAGUUCUCCUGACGGCUCUGAUCAAUCUCCUCGUGGACCUCUCUCUCCACGGAAUCCGUUGACUGUCAGUCAUUCUUAUCCCCUCUCUCCAGUCCGUCACCUUCCUCCUCUUCCUCCUGUUACAGUAUCUAUAGAGAAUGACACUGUUGCUCCUUCUUCCCCUGUUACCACUCAUGCUGCUCUAAUUAGAGCCCACCUUCCCGAAGGACAGAGAACUAUUGUUCCAAUCAGACAAGGUGUUACAAUACAAGAUGCUUUAAUGAAAGCAAUGAAAACACGCAAUCUAACGCCUAACACUUGUAUUGUGUAUGCAGAGAGCCCACGUUUGCUGAUAGAAUGGGACACAGACACUACACAAUUGUCUGGGAAAGAGGUUUUUGUUGAAUAUCAAAAAAGCCCAAAACUUGCAUCAACCAAUCAUCAUAACUUUGUCAGGAAGACUUUCAUAGCUCUAGCGUUUUGUGACGUAUGCAAGAAGCUGUUGUUUCAAGGUUUCCGCUGUGAAACCUGUGGGUUUAGAUACCAUCAGCGCUGCAGCCCUAGAGUCCCCAUACAGUGUGGAGGAGUUGAUGAUGAUCUGAUAAUGGCCUAUAUAUUAUCACAACAUCCUCCAAAACCUGACGAUUCUCCACAGCCGUCCAGCCCAGUCCCUCACUCGCCUACUGUUCCUCUUCUAGUUCCUACUAAAGGAGGCGACGAGGGAGAGACUCACAGUCGAUUCCUCAACACUUCAUCAAGAGAGAGGUCAAUCUCCACACCGAAUGUCCUUUACAAUUCUCCAGCUAAUUAUGAUCCUUACCCCACCACCACUGAGGAUAACAGGGAGUUCCUUGGUCCAAUGCCAUUCUCAUCAGUCAGUGGAUCGUAUGUAGAUAAUCAUUUAUCGCAUUCUACAGAGUAUAACAGUGUUUUUGAUUACAAUGUCAGUAGCAGUGGUAACUCAUCGCGUGAUGCUCCAAUCGCUCACCCUCCCCACUCUCGGAGGGGCCUAUGUGGGCGUGGUCACAUCAGUACGAGUGCCCUUGAGACUAGUCAUACUGGAAUGGACGCUAUGAGAAUUGAGAGGAGAAGAAAAGGACACAAGAGACAGUCCAGUGCUGGUCACUUGGACUACAGUGGCGUUGAAGAUUCUAAGGAAAGAAGAAACUCAACAGAAGGGCGCUCUCCAAUGGAAAGAAGGCUUCACUCUUCUUCAGAGAGACAUCGUCACAGGAGUUUAGAGAGACGGAGUUCUUCGGGCGAUCGGACGUCAGCGACUCCUGACAGCAUGAGCCCUUCAUACUCAACGGGACAGUCCCCACUGCAGACCCCCACUGGAUCCAAACCUCCAUUACAGACCAGUCUAAGCAGUGGUGACAGUGGGUUGGGAGGAUCAAGAAGCUCAACCAGUUACAGUAGCAGCACACUCCCUUCCCAGAGAAGAAGACAGAGGACUUCAUCUGAAGACAAAAGAGCAAAGGUGAAGUGUAAAGAUAGUUCUGAUGUAUGGGAGAUACCCUACAACGAGAUAGAAGUUGGAGAGAGGAUUGGGUCUGGUUCAUUUGGAACUGUUUAUAAAGGGAAAUGGCAUGGUCCUGUUGCUGUAAAGAAACUUAACGUAUCAAAUCCAACUGAGCAACAAAUGCAGGCCUUUAAGAAUGAAGUGGCAGUCUUAAUGAAGACACGUCAUGCCAACAUACUCUUGUUCAUGGGUUGGACUAGUAAGCCAAGACUGACCAUAGUAACACAGUGGUGUGAUGGGUCUACUCUGUUCAGUCAUAUCCACGUGUUAGAGGACAGGUUUGAGAUGUACAAGAUAAUCGAUAUAUGCAGGCAAACUGCUCAAGGAGUGGAUUAUCUUCAUGCCAAGCAGAUUAUUCAUCGUGACCUCAAAUCAAACAAUAUAUUUCUGCACGAUGACAUGACUGUGAAGAUUGGUGACUUUGGACUAGCUACAGUAAAGACAAGAUGGGACGGCAAUGAGAAAGUGAGACAGCCAACUGGAUCUAUUCUUUGGAUGGCACCCGAAGUAAUAAGAAUGGAAGAACCCGAUCCAUACACGUUCUAUUGUGACGUAUAUUCAUUUGGAGUCGUCGUGUAUGAAUUAAUAUCCGGACAACUCCCUUAUCCUCACGUCCAGGACAGGGAUCAGAUUCUCUUUAUGGUUGGGCGAGGCUUCUUGAGGCCCGAUCCGUCCAGCGCAAGGAAGGACACUCCGAAAUCUUUCAAGCAAUUGUGUAUCAAGUGCUGUCAGUUCGAGAAAGAUGACAGACCACUCUUUCAUCAAAUCUUGGCUGACUUGGAGUCAUUGUCUGAUAGCAUGCCUAAAAUCAAGAGGAGUAAUUCGGAGCCGACAACUUUAUGCUAUGCCGGCCUCUCGUAUCAAGAGGAGCUAAACAAAUCGCCACACACACCAUCGCACAACAGCAGUGCCACUGGGGCAGAGUCUGCCUUUCAUCUAGUAAAGCAAUGAAAUACUCAUCAUGCCAAUAUGAUGGAAUGGAAUUACAAAACAAAUGGGAUAGUGUAUGCAUGCACUGAAGUACAACUGAGAAUUAAUUUUUUUCAUCGAUUAUUAUUAUUAAUACUUAUUUUUGAUAUUGUUGUUAUUUUAAUUAUUAUUGAAUUUUUUUGCUUUUUUUACUGUAACAAUUUUUUUACUGUGACUCGGUCAUAGCCUGUGAGUUUA